AUGCAGCAGGGUGAUCCAACGGUUCUAAGCUUGAGGCCUGGUGGUGGUCGUGCCGGCGGAAGCAGGCUUUUCGCUCACUCCUCCUCAUCCUCCUCCUCUUCCCUUCCCUCCGCGGAUCCCCUUCUCUCGCGCCCCCAUGCAUCUUCCUCUCUCAAGGAAGAGAUGACCAUGUUUAGUGUUUGUCGCAACGAGCUGGCUUUGCCAGCAAUGCCAUUGCAGUAA